UUAAGAGCGGGACCGCGGCGUUUUCCCGAGGGAGAAAAUGGCGGGCGCGAUGACCCCACAGCUGCGGCGCGACAAGCGGUUGGUGUCCGUGGAGUACCCCGGCGUGGUGCGGGAUGCGGGCAAGAUGCUGCUGACUCUGGGGGGCGAAGAAGGAGUCUCUCGGAUUUAUGCUGACCCUAACAGAAGACUCGAGCUUUACUUCCGCCCCAAGGACCCCUACUGCCACCCGAUGUGUGCCAACCGCUUUCCGACAUCUUCCAUGCUGCUUAAAGUGAAAAGGAUCACCAGGAAGAAGCGGACAGACGCAGGAGAGUCUGAAGAAGACGUCAAGUUUGAUGUCGAGAUCCUCGGGAUUGUUACCACCGUCUAUAAGUUUCAAGGGAUGUCCGAUUUCCAGUAUUUGGCCAUGCACUCUGGGCCCAGAGGCGAGCAAACCUCCAUGUAUGACAAGGUGUUGAUGCUCAAGCCGGAGAAAGAGGAAUUCUUCAUGAGCGACUUGCCACUCUACAUCCCUCCGCCCCUUUUCUCGCGCUUGGACACUCCUAUGGAUUAUCACUACCGGCCGGAAACACAGCAUCGGGAAGGAUAUCAAAACCCACCAGUGUCAAGCGAGAACCUGAUAGGACUCAGCCGGGCUCGUCGGCCCCACAAUGCUGUCUUCGUCACCUUUGAGGAGGAAGAGAUCCCUGCAAAGCCGCUAGAUGGAGCCGAGCAGACCUGGAAGAAAGUUUGCAGCAACGCCGUCGAUCGCAAAGCAGAAGAAGAACUGAGAAAACUGUUUGAGGUCCGUCCUGUUUGGUCUCGCAAUGCUGUGAAGGCCAAUAUCAGCAUUCAUCCAGACAAACUGAAGUUCCUUCUGCCCUAUGUAGCUUACUACAUGCUGACAGGUCCCUGGAGGAGCAUGUGGGUCCGCUUUGGUUAUGAUCCCAGGAAACACCCAGAAGCAAAGAUCUACCAGGUCCUGGAUUUUAGAAUUCGCUGUGGAAUGAAAUAUGGAUAUGCUCCGAACGACAUGCCCGUGAAAGCGAAACGCAGCACCUACAACUACAGCCUGCCCAUCACUCUGAAAAAACCAGGAGCUCACACCGCUGGCAUCCAAGACCUAAAGCAAGGGCUGAGCACGUCUGGGACCCCCGGCCCAAGAAAGCCAGCGUUUGGCAACUACAAACUGAAGGAUUCUAUUUACAUCUUCCGAGAAGGGUCCUUGCCUCCCUAUCGACAGAUGUUCUACCAGCUCUGUGACUUGAACGUGGAAUGCUUGCAGAAGAUCAUCCACAGGAACGACGGCGUGGAGUCGGUGUGCACGGAGCGGGAUGGCUGGUGCCUUCCCAAGACCAGUGAUUACCUGAGGGACACCAUGUCUCUCAUGAUCAAGCAGAUCAUCCGCGCCAAAAGGCCAGCUCUGUUCACGAGUGCAUCAAACGCAAACGAGGGCAAAGAGCAGCUGACCUUUGAGUCUGGGGAGGAGGAGGAGGAGGAGGAAGAGGAGGAGGAGGAAGAAUUCAAGCCCUCGGACGGGAGCGAAAAUGAAAUGGAAACAGAGAUCUUGGACUACGUGUAAUUCCUCCGGAGCUGACAUUGUGAGCCUCUUGCUGGGAAGGGAUUUGGCUUCCCCUCGUUUUGUGGGUGAUCCGGUGAGCCCACUUGGUCUCCAGACAUGACUUGAUCCGUGCCGAUCCAUCUCUCUCCUUCACAGGUCCUGACUAGGAUUCAUCUCAGGCCCGCCGCCUCAGGGUUUGUCCCAAGAGGAAUGCGCCUGUGUGGAGUUAGUUGGUGCCUGACUGCGUGCCAGGAGAUCAUCGUGUCUUGUCAUUUCUCAUGUUCCUUUGCAAGGGGGCAUCCACGCGCUGCUCUGCUAUUUCUCAGCCUGCCGUUGCCUCGGCCGGGGACAUUAGAUUCCAACGCUGACUCGUGCAGGCGUACUCAAGGACAGCUGUUGCGGUCGUCACACGAACGCCUGUCUUCUGGAUCCCUGAACACUGGCGGGGGAAAUGAACAGAGCCCUCUUGCUUUGCACGCUGCAGGGACCGGGUCGAUCCAAACAGAGUAGCUUUUGACCGGUUUUAUGGGGGCUCCGGACUGUCCUUGGGACUCCCCUGCUUUUUGAAACAAACCGAGUUCUGUCAAACCUGUUUUCAUGUUCAUGUUGUCUUUUUCUUGUAACAGACUUCUUGUAAUAGACUUUUGUGUUAAUGACAGGGUUUGUGUGUGUGUGCGCAUACUUGCAUUUUCAGCACAUCUAGGCUGUGUUCUUUAGCCGCAGUUUCUAGGAGCCAUUUAAAACGUUGAUGAAGGUUUUAAAAUAAAAUAUGUAAUGUUG